AUGGCCCUGGUAUCAGGCCCUGGUAGGGCUGGAGGCACCUCGUCAGACCAGGAGCUACACACCUUGAAGCAUGUGGCUUACAUCAAGAACCUGGACACUCGGAAAGAUGAAUUGGAGUACUGGCUCACGGAGCACUUGCGUCUGAAUGGCGUCUAUUGGGGACUGACUGCACUGCAUCUGCUGGGUCAUCCUGAAGCCUUACCCCGCGAUCAAACCAUUGACUUUGUGCUUUCUUGCCAGAAGGACAACGGAGGAUUUGGUGCUGCCCCUGGUCAUGACGCUCACAUGCUCUACACUGUCUCUGCUGUCCAAAUUCUGGUCACUAUUGAUGCAGUGGAUGAACUAGAAAAGCGUGGUCUUGGGGGCAAGCAGAAAGUUGGUUCUUUCAUCGCCAGCUUGCAGAAUAAAGAGGACGGCUCCUUCAUGGGAGAUCCAUGGGGUGAGACUGAUACCCGCUUCCUUUACGGUGCACUAAAUGCUCUGUCGCUUCUUGGUCUACUGGAUCUGGUCGAUAUCCCAAAAGCUGUCUCAUACGUUCAAAGUUGCGAGAACUUUGAUGGAGCCUAUGGUGUGACUCCUGGUGCGGAAUCACACUCGGGCCAAGUCUUCACUUGUGUCGGCGCUUUGGCUAUCGCUGGCCGCCUGGACUUGGUGAACAAGGAUCGAUUGGGAGCAUGGCUGAGUGAACGCCAGAUUGAAAAGGGUGGCUUUAAUGGUCGACCCGAGAAACUCCCAGAUGCAUGCUAUGCUUGGUGGGUUGGCUCUAGUCUGGCCAUGAUUGACCGCCUUCACUGGAUCGAUGGCAAGAAACUUGCUUCAUUUGUCCUCCAAUGUCAGGACCCUGAAGCUGGUGGCUUUGCUGAUCGCCCUGGGAAUAUGGUUGAUGUUUACCAUACUCACUUUGGCGUCGCAGGUCUGAGCCUCUUGGGAAUGGAGGGACUACAAGAGGUAGACCCCGUAUACUGCAUGCCCAAAUCUGUUAUUGCACGAUGCUUUGCAAAAUAA